CACCACCGAAGCCACCGAAUCCCACUGAGUGCCCGGCUCUCCGGAUCUCUGGACUACGUUACGACCCAUGGGCACUGCACGGCAAUAGGGUUCACGGCUCCCUGUACUCAUAGCAGCACCCAUUCCUGUGCAGCUCCCAGCUCCCAUUUCUGUUCAGCUCCCGACCUGGAUGGACCUCCAUGAGGACCCCUGGCCUGAUGUCAAGAGGCUGAAUCCAGGAAGCUCCUUCUUCCCUUCCAAAAUCAAAGGGACUGACAGUUCUUCCUCAUCCCCCUCUUCCUGUUCCCAAGGAGAUCCGAGCUGCCCCAAGACACAGCAACUCGAUACAGAGAGGACCCACCCUGUGCCAGAGGGUAGGUCCCCAAACUCCUACCACCACUUUGGCUUUUCUCAUCUCUCUACCCUGCCAAGCCCGGAAGAUCUCAUACUCUUUAGGGAUUUAGAUCACAUCAACAAACUCAUUUUACCCAAUAGAGACUCACGCUUUGGAGCUUUACCAGAGCCUUCAGGGGAUAUGUAUCAAACACUGACUAUCACUGCAGCCCAAGGGCCAGUUGGAUAUGAUGGGUCUCCAGGCAGCUUUAUGCACUCCGCUGCCAGCUCUCCGGUAUAUGUACCCACGACUAGAGUUGGCUCCAUGCUCACAAGCAUCUCCUACCUGCAGGGCACAGGGGCUUCUCAGGCUACCCACCCUGUAAACAACCACUCGGUUUGGUCUCAACCCACAUCUGAGAACUCUUCUUAUAACAGUGGAAGUCCUCAUGCUUCUAGCAGGUACCAUUAUUCUCCAAGUCCACCUAUGGCAAAUGGAGCCAAUAGGGAUGGUGGAUACAGUAACGGCAUCAAUGUGAAUGGCAGAGACCAGUAUACUCCCUUGGCCAGGUCCCUAAAUGGAUCCUACCCCAGUCCUUACGCAUCUUACAUGACCCCACCGCUGACUUCUGCGUGGCCCACGGGGCACUUUGACAACUCCAUGCUCCACAGUCUCCAAGGCAGACCAUCGCCCAUGCAAAUGAGAGGUGCUUCUGGAGAUGUGCUGGAUGAGCUGCCAGAGAGCAGAGAGUGUGUGAAUUGUGGGUCUGUGCAGACUCCUCUGUGGAGAAGAGAUGGCACCGGUCACUAUCUGUGCAAUGCAUGUGGCCUGUACAGCAAGAUGAAUGGGCUGAGUCGACCACUUAUCAAGCCACAGAAAAGAGUGCCGUCUUCACGAAGGAUCGGAUUGGCCUGCGCUAAUUGUCACACCACAACAACUACACUAUGGCGCAGAAACACAGAAGGAGAACCAGUGUGCAAUGCCUGUGGACUGUACAUGAAACUGCAUGGGGUCCCUCGGCCACUGGCUAUGAAGAAGGAAGGCAUUCAGACAAGAAAGAGAAAGCCAAAGAACCUUAACAAAUCCAAGUCAUCUUCUAGUAAUGGUACCAACAACCACCAAGUUCCCAUGACUCCAACUUCUACGACGUCGUCCACAAACUCUGAUGACUGUGUAAAGAACGGAUCUCCAAAUCACAAUCAAAGCACGGCUUCUAUGGUGGGUUCAUCGCUGAUGUCUUCUCAGCAAAGUGGGAGCACUAGUCCAGAGAACAAUGCACUAAAAUACACAGGUCAAGAAGGAAUGUUCUCGACGGUCAGCCUGAGCUCGAAUUCUGAUGUUGCAUCCUCUGUUAGACAAGAUUCCUGGUGUGCUUUGGCAUUGGCUUGACAAUCCUCAGAUUGAAAUGGCCCUGGCACCAGGCCAUAGUUCUCUGAUUCUCACACGUCCUUGUUUGUCUUUUGCUUCUCCAAAAGAAAUGCUUGCUGGACAUUUUCUGGACUUUUUGAAAUUUCAGUGCCUUGAUUUCAGAAGAGUAUUGUGAAUAACAAUAUUAAGCUCUUUAUCUAUGCAAGAGGAAUAAGACCAAGAGAUAGCAAUCUUCCAUAAUGACAUCAUGAAGACAUAAAUUAAAGGACUUCUUCGCUU